AUGUGGUUCCAAAUCAUAGCCGCCUGCCUUGUCCUGGCCUGCACGGAGGCCAACCCCGUGGCCGUGUCUCACCAGUCCCGCGUGGAUCAUCAUCACCAGAUUCACCACGACGCUCACCACAUCGGACAUCACGGACACCAUGACCUAGGUCACCCUGUACACUUGGACCACCACCAACACCACCACAUACCCUCUUACCAGUUCUCGUACUCGGUGUCGGACCACCACACAGGAGAUGAGAAGGCCCAGACGGAAUGGCGCCAUGGGGACUUGGUGAAGGGCGCUUACUCCCUGGUGGAACCUGAUGGCAACCUGCGGUCUGUUCAUUACGUUGCUGAUGAUCACCAUGGUUUCAAUGCUGAUGUCCAUCACAAGACGCAUCAUCAUCAUAUCCACAAUCCUCACCAUGGUCACCAUCACUAG